AUGCCUGGAAGGGAUGGGAGAGACCUCGUCUCCACGCCAGUUACAUCUACAAUAGCUGGCAAUGAUGCACCAACCAAUCUGUUCAGACCCAAGUAUGCCAAUGACGAUGAUAGUUCGAUUGGUUCUGGGGAGGGCCCAGCUCUCACAAAACCUACUACAUCUACGGGCUGGCGAGGGCCCUCCCGCAGCACCCUCAGCUCUGGCCGCGGUGCCUCCAGCAUCUCGACAUCCGCGUCAGAGACAUCAGGAGCCCCAAGCCUGAGCAGGCUGACUAGCGGCCAAAAGCCGCGUACGUCCAGCUCUGACGAGUGGAGAGGCCCUGGCUCUUCUCCUGCCACGUCCGCCGGCUCUCAUAGCCAACCGCAGCACACUUCAUCGCCGAGCCCAUCCCCGUCCAACUCAACAGAAGCGACGCAAUCCUCGACCGAGACCGGAGCCGAUCCAGCGGAGACGGGCGCGCAGGGCGGCACUCCAGACCAGCAAGAUAGACUAUCAAACGGCGCGACGGCAGGGAUAGUCAUAGCCGCCAUGACGGUCCUACUCGGCAUCAUAUUCCUGGGACGGUACCUGUACAAGAAACGCCGACGCGAGAGACGGAGAGGCUGGCAUGACGACUCGUCGGGGAUAGGACCUUACCACAGCGACUCCCGCCACGACCCGCCGGCGCCAGCAGCACCUCGCAGGUCCGUGUUCCAAGACGCCGAGCCUUCCCAGCUGAACAACUGGCUGGCGCACCACCGCCCGUCGAGGAACAGAGCACCGAGAAGCUGGUCAGGGUCUCCGUCUCCGGUGGAGGUGCAGCCGGAGAGUGUGGAGCUCCGAUCCUACACGAGACCGGCGCGUCCGAAGCUGUUUGAGGUCGGGAGCCCAGGUAUGCCGGGAACUAUGGGCGAACCUUCGAAUACCAGGAACUAUGCCGAUCCCGUCCCGCGGCAGCAACCGGGUGUGGAGGGUGAAAUGAGAGGUAGGGAGGCUACAGCACCGUUGAGGGGUGGGCAGAGGGCGGCCGUGCUGCCGUGGGAGGAGGGGCCUCGGCCGGACAGAUGGGCAGCAUAUUGA